AUGCAAGCAACCGAAAUCGCCCCCUUUCCAUACCCCUUGGGCCUGGGGACCGACAUCUGCCACAUUCCCCGGAUUCGACGGAUCCUUGCAAAUGAGAAACCACAAUACGCGGAGCAAUUCGCUCAGAAGAUUUUCGGUCCUGCUGAGCGUGGUGAAUUCAACUCUCGGUAUCAAAAAUUAUUGCAGUGCAAACGAGACGGUUUGGAGACGGUACCGGCGAGCGCGAUUGAUAGUCUUGUACGCGACAAAUAUGAUCAAAAGCUGUGGCAGCUGUCCAGCUGGGUUGCUGGUCGGUUUGCAGCGAAAGAAGCGGCAAUAAAAGCGGUCUCUCCACGGCGUCUCAAAUGGCACCAGGCGGAGGUAGUGGUUCGGGCAGGACAAAUGAAGCCAUUGUUGGUCAUCCAUGAUGCGCAAUCUAUACAGGCCGACGGAAGUGCCACCGAUGGUAGAAGUGUCCGAAAGCGUGCUGCACAGCUUUCGAUUAGCCAUGAUGGCGAAUACGCUAUUGCGACAGUGCUGGCUGUGAACGAUGCUCCAGUCUCAUGA